AGUUUAUGAGCGUCAGCGUCGCGUUCGAUUUUUGGUGGAAAUUUCGAAUAUAAAAAUCCUACAAAAAUUUUUAUAUUUUCAUUACUUUAGUUUCUUGCAUUAAUUUUUCCAUGACAUAACAUGUUUUUAUGUCUAUGGCUUUCCUUUGUGUAUAGAAUUUUCUUCAGUUUUUUAAUAGUUUCUAGGUAUUUGCUAAUCGGUUAUUAGCAGUUAAUAACCAUUUAUGCACAAACAGAUUUUGCGCUAAAGUUUAAUACCAGUAAGGUAUUUUUAUAAUAAGAAGCUAAAAAGUAUAAAAACCACAAGCCUCAGUAACCUGUCAAUUAUCAUAAGAAUCAAUCAAAAAUAACUAUAUAAGGGGAAUUAAUAAAUUUUAAAGUUAAAAAAUACAACAACCCGUCACUUUAUAACAUUUACCCACUUGUAUAUUAGGGUCUAAAGAUUCUCCUAUCAUAUAGGAUUUGGCAUUAGUUUAAUCAGUUCCCGUACAACAGUGAAUGUGAUUCAGAUUACUUUCCGAACAUUUUUGGGUUGAUCUGGGGGUUAACCCAUUCAUAUUUUCCUAAAACCCCAAAGAUUGUAGGAUAUAGAUUUAAAAGUCAUAUAGAUUAUCUAUGUUUGGGGAUUGUUUUCUAAAGGUAGCUUGAAACCAUAGAUAAAAAGUUCUAUUAUUUUUGCAUAUUAUUAGAUUUCCUGAUGUGGGAGAAUGUAAUUACAUUAACAUAAACGUGCUAAUUGCUUCGUGUUGUGCAAUCUGCAUAGAUAACCUUUGUUACAUCCAUAUAUUGGAGUUGAGUAGGAGGAUAAACUUCAGGUUCUGGUGGGGCUAGUUACAAUAAUCUUUACAGUUUUCAGUAUUAGCUUCCAGUCAUAUCCUUGCUUUGUUCAAAGAAACAAUAAUUAAAAACUGAUGUAUUAUGUUAUCCACUGUUCUAAAAUCUUUUCUCUUAGCUUCAGUAUUUUUUGAAGGAAGCUACAGCCAAUUGAGAAAUAUUCAGAUGAAUCAUAAAGGUAGUAAAUUAUCUGGAAAUGGUAUAAAAUACUUGGCAGGCCUUUCUAAUAUCAAUUAUAUCAAUGAAAUAUUGGACAAUAUCUUAAUACAAAGAGUAGUGGGAACUCCUGGCCACCAGAAAGUUUUCGAUUAUAUAAAUAAGGAAUUAAAGGAUCUUAAUUGGACUGUAGAUAUUGAUGAAUUUACAGAUGCAACCCCAAAGGGUCCUUUGAAAUUUAAAAAUAUCAUAGCAACUCUAAAUCCAAAUGCUGAACGAUAUUUGGUUUUAGCUUGCCAUUAUGACAGUAAAUAUUUUGAAAAUAUUGUUUUUGUAGGUGCAAUAGAUUCAGCUGUACCAUGUGCUAUGAUGUUGAAUCUGAUAAAAGUCAUGGAUAAAGAAUUGAAAUCAAUUCAGUCAAAUGAUUUAAAUUUAAAAUUAAUAUUCUUUGACGGAGAAGAAGCUUUUGAGGAAUGGGGACCACAGGAUUCAAUAUAUGGAGCAAAGCAUUUAGCACAAACAUAUCAGAACUCAAAAACAAAGAGUUUAAUUUCUGGUGAAGACGUUACUGAAAUUGACAAAAUAGACAUAUUUGUACUUCUAGAUUUGAUUGGUCAUAAAGAAACCCAAUUUUUAAGUACCUUUACUGAUACAGAAAGUUGGUAUUUGCGCCUAGCGGAUAUAGAAGAUAGAUUAAAAAAUUUGAGGCUAUUAGGGUAUCCAAGAAAAACUUACUUUAGAAAAAGAAGAGCACAAUAUGAGAUUGAAGAUGAUCAUAUUCCAUUUUUAAGAAGAAAUGUUCCAAUUCUCCAUUUGAUUUCAAUACCGUUUGGCAGUAUUUGGCAUACAGCACAUGACAAUCGAAGUGCGGUUGAUAUGACAACCGUGGAAAAUAUUAACAAAAUUUUACGAAUUUUCGUGGCCGAAUACUUGAAUAUUGACCUGAGACAUACCGAGUCAAUACCCGAAAAAGAAUUAUAGUAAUUGAAGUUAUGAAGAUAUGAAUUCUAGCAGGAAGAAGACUGUUUCAUUUACAGACACUCAACUGAAACGCUUAUUAUGUAUAUAGAUUUUUUUAAAAUUUUGUUAAUAAAAAGUGAUAAUAAAAAUUUUUUAUUUAAA